CACCUCAGUUUCUUCAGGGACCUCCGGGCUUUCGACCGACGCCAUGGGCAAAGUCAGUUCAAAGCUUCGGCGGGAUGCAGGUGAGGCGGCUGUGAAGACGCCGGCGAAAGGCGUGAAGAAGCGCAUCCAGAAGGCUGGAAAGGUCGCGCCACUGGCCAAGGCUGUCACGGAAGGCCCGGUGGCACGGCGGGCGCUGGUGGCCGCCGUGUCGGCCGCCAAGGCGGCCAAGAAGCGCGGCGAUGGAAUGAGCGACGCGAAGGCUGUGCCAACUCUGGGACCCAGGCCCAAGAUGAAUGGCGCACGGAUGAUGCUGGAGCUCGAGGAAGCACGGGCCCACGCGGAGAAGGUUGCGGAAGUGGCGCAGAAGGGCCAGAAGGGCAGCAGGAGGCGACAGAAGCUGUCUCAACAUGGCCAAGAUGUGCUGAAGGCCUUCAAUGCGCGUUCGGAGGCCCCGACGUUUCCCAAGCCUUGAGCGAAGGCUUGAGGCUUUUUGUUUCACUUGGAGUCUGAGAGCGGGUGUUGACUAGAGGCUCUGGACCAAAUGAAGAAGAAAUCCAUCCCCCUUUGGCUCGCUUGAGUGAAAUGGGGAAUCCCC